CGCUAGUUCGCCGCCACCUAUAAAUUCCAACCGAUGCUCAGAAAUUGCAGCCUCGCCUCCUUCUUUCGUCCACCCAGUACCACCACUAUCCAUCUGGAUUUCACCCACCCAUCUAUCCCAAUUUUGAACAGCCAUUUUGUUCUUCGACGUCGCAAUGGUCAUCUUUAAACUCGAGCAGGAGGAUCUGGAUCCACCACCUCCAUAUAUCGAGGACGACGAUUACGACGUCUAUAUGUUCUACCCGUCAAUCUCGAGCCAAAUACUCAUUCCUGUUCACGGGGCACCAUUCGUCCCGUUCGAGGCUACGGACAGUCCUAUACUAGCCCCAGAAGGCUCGAACAAUUUCUUACCAGCUUACCGGUCGUCGGCCAGCGGCGACGAAAGUCAAUCCCUUGAUGAGCUGGGCAUAGUCCUCUGCUGUCUUCCAGUACGCGUAUCUUCCAUCUUCUUAUCGUACUGAGUUGACGUGA